CUUGUCACCUGUGAGGGAUCCUGUCACGUGAUGUCUACCUGGGACCUGUUUAUGGAGACAAAAUGGGAGACAAUGAGAACGAUUUAUCCGCUCUCAACCUUUUGUUCCCUGGGAUAAACUGCAUCAGAGGGUUUUACAGAUUUGAAGACUUUUAGGACUCCUCUGGUUUUUGGUGCAGCGUCUCCUCCCUCCUACGCCCACCCAGCAGGUGCGGGGCCCCAUCUCCCCAGGGGACCCAGUUGUUGAGAAUUUUAUGCUCCUGUGACUUUGUGCUUAUUACUCAUUGACUCGUUGCCAGAGUUGAGACCAUCAUCAUGCUGCUGCUGCUUGUCCUCUGCCUGGGGAUCACCUGCUCAGCCCAAAAUCCAGGUCACCCUGGGAUUAUAACAGUACAUGCGGAAGGUUCCACGUCUCUGCCCUGCGGCUCCUACACCACCAGUCCCGUCCCGCUGAUGCUGAAGCUGCAGAUGGAGGAGAACAGCAAUGGCUCCUGGGUGGUGGUGGGGAUGACCCCUAUCAUCCUGAAGUUAGAUACCAAUAACCCGUCUCUUCUGCUCACAUCCAGCGGGUACAAGGACACUUCCUGCUCUGUGGACAACAUGACCAGCCACGUAUCUCUAAUAGGACGCACAGGUAGGACCACAGAUAAUGGGUUACGCAAUAUGAUGACUUCUGUGCCUGACCAAAUGGAAUGGAUUACCUGCCAUGCCCCCCAAAACUGGACCCUUCUGCAGUGGUCUAGAGGUGGAGAAAUCAUUGCGAUGGUGCAAAGAGCGGAGAUUGUGCUAAAUGUCCUUGUGGAGAGAAACGCGUCAUCCUUCCUCAUCACCUCCACCAUUAGAAAUUAUACUGGGAAUUAUUGCUGCCUGGAAGAACCAACGAUAAAAAAGUUAAAUGUGACUUGUCGAUGGUGGACACACAAGAGUGCCAUAGGCUGGCAGCGGUUCAUAGAUGCGAGAUACUGGAUAAUCGUGGUGGUGGCCUUGUCCUCUUCGCUGAUGUCCUUGAUGCUCCUGGGCUGCUUCGUAAGCAUGAAACGCAGGAGGAGAGCGAGGAGACAGGCCAGGAGCCGGUUCUUCAAGGUGAGCACCGCUGCCAGAAACCUCUACAAAGACUCCAUCCCCCAGGACACAGACAUCGCUCACAAAGAUCAGGACUUCACCUAUCAGAAUGUGUCCCUGUCACCGACCAAAGCCUUGACUGAUGAUCGUUUCUCCGACAAGAGCUCCUUCCUGUCUCUAGGUGGUGAUUCCUACCUGGAGCCGAUAGCUGACGGGGUGGAUCAGGUGUCCGAUGGUGGCUGCUAUGAGAACGCCACCCAGGAUCGAGACGAUCGUGAAGGAUCUCUAGAUGGCGGCUGCUAUGAAAAUGCCAAUGAAGAAAUUAAAGAGGGAUCCAUAGGAUCCCAGUCCUACGAAGACAUGAAAGGAUCCAUCUGUAUACGGACGAAAACCGAGGCUCCUCCCACUGAGGGGAUCACGCAAGAUGAAGACGCAGAUUCUUACGAGAACAUGCAGGCGCCUCUAUACUCCCAACUGGAUCGCUCAUGUAACCGAUCCACCGAGGACCAGACCGAACCCCCCGCCCAUCAGACCCCUUGGAAAGUGCCCAUAGAACUUCAGAAACAAAACGGAGAUUUUUACUUUUCCUAUGAAAACAACAAACUGUGACAGCAGCUGAAUACCGUAAAGGGAUCCCCGCAGCAGCACAGCCCCGCAGCAGCACAGCCCCGCAGCAGCACAGCCCCGCAGCAGCACAGCCCAGCAUUCUCCAUCAGGGCCUACUAUGACUAUAGGGUGUCAGGACGCUGCGACGCACAAUGGUCCGCACUCAGCUGAGCCCAGGCCACAUAAAGCGUCUCUAUGGAGAUGGGGGAAGAGAUCUACGAAAUUUCAGUCCUGGGCUGCUGAGCUUGCAAUUCACGACUUUACGAUCCUGAACCUGCAAUACAUCUACGAAAGAAUUUCCAGCACUGGCCAGGGUCAGGGAUGUGAAAGAGACGCUAUCAAAAAGUGGAGACUUUUUUUUUAUUUUAUUUUAAUUAAAACUUUAUAUUUUUUAUUAUUUUUGAUAAUACAUAAAAAAAUUGGGAAAAUUGCUGUUUUCACAUUGGCCACUAGAUGGCAACAUAACACCCAUAAAAUCCAGAGUGGUAAACUGGGAGUCUUGCUUUAUGACUGCUGUGAAAACUCAAAUGAGAUCAAAAUAAGGCUGCUUAUACCUAGGCUGUCCGGGCAUGAUAGGAGUUGUAGUUUUGCAACAGCUGGGGGCACCCUGAUUGGGAAACACUAUUUUCGACCUUGUAAUGAUUUUAACAUGUUUUUCAUAUUGACAAUGUUAUUUAAAGAGUACCUGUCAUCAAGUAAAACUUUUUAUAUAGUGUUCCUUAUGUUAAA